ACAGGCUCGGUUCACCGAGAGGGGAAACACAGCGGGCGGGACUCGGCCACCUCGGGACCGACUGAGAACCUGUGAUAAAAAAAAAAAUGGAGCGUUAUUAUCAUUAGCCGCUUGCUAACUGAGUAGCGAGGAGCAGAGACGGUGCACUGAAGACAUCCAGGCUGCUGUGCUUUUAUCUCCGGAAAGAGGAGGCGUUACCAGAUACCCGGCAACCUCGGGAGGAACAGGGAUCUGUGAUCAGGCAUGACUGCUCUAAGACAGAGGAAAAGCAGUAAAGUCAAGGAAGCGGGUCUGGAACCUCAGAGUCAGCGGUGUGAGCAUGCAUCUGCCAACUUGAAUAAAACACCUUUUGAAGGCACAUCGUGGUGGACGGUGUUGUGUGUUAUCUUCGGUUCUAUAGUAGGAGUUAGUCUGGGCCUGCUGUGUUGCAUCUAUGUGGCUACACUUCAUGAAAAUGACCUGUGGUUCUCCAAUAUAAAGGAAGUGGAGCGUGAAAUCUCCUUUCGGACAGAAUGUGGCCUCUACUACUCCUACUACAAACAGAUGCUCAGUGCCUCAACUAUACAGGAAGGUUUAUCUGCGCUGAUAAAUGACAACACAACAGAGUCUAUGAGGACUAUUAAUAUUCUACAGCGUAUGAACAUCUAUCAGGAGGUGUUGCUGAGUAUAUUCUACAGGAUGCUACCCAUUCAGUCCUACCUCGAACCGGUGUACUUCUACAUCUACACUGUGUUUGCUCUACAAGCAGUGUAUGUACUCGCGCUCUUCCUUAUCAGUUGGAUGCUCAGUGAUUCAUGGCUGGCUGGGACUCUCGCUGGCGUCUGGUACAUCCUCAACAGAGUAGACACAACACGUGUGGAGUUCACCAUCUCUCUGAGAGAGAACUGGUCUCUGCCAUUUUUCGCGCUGCAGGUUGCGGCCAUCACCUGCUACCUGCGUCCUCAGCUCCGGCUGCAGCACCAGAGGGUGGUGCUAUGGCUGGUGUUUGUCUGCACGCUUAGUUUCUGUCUCACGUGGCAGUUUAAUCAGUUCAUCCUGCUGGUGCAGGCCUUCCUCAUCUUCACUCUCGACUCGCUGGACUUUCUUACAGCAGAGCAGGCGACGUCUCUGUACCUGGUACAAGUUAUAAGUCUGCUAUGUGUGUGGCUGCUGCAGUUCUGUAACUCCAUGGUGUUGGGCUCACUGGUGCUCAGCUUCAUCGUGGCUGUUCUUUUCAUCAAGCACUUUCAAACGGGACUGAAGACAGGAGGCUUUGUCGUGCGUGUAGGAAAGCUGGCUCUUCAUGCGGUCCUGGUGCUCACAUUAACUCUCAUCAUCAAUUAUUCAGCCAAGCGAGUCCUUCAGCUGAGAUCGGAUGAGCACAUCUUCAAGUUCAUAAAGGCUAAGUUUGGCUUGGGGGCUACAAGAGAUUUUGAUGCCAGUCUGUAUCUGUGUGAGGAGGCAUUUGGCUUGUUGCCGUUGGACACGUUCGAUCGUUUAGCUGCUACUCUGCUGCUGUACCCUUACCUCUGUACACUCUCGAUACUCGUCAUCGUGCUGGCACUUGCUGCUCUCACCAACCUAAGAGAAUUUGGGGCUGGAAGAACAUCUGGAGUGCCAGAGGAGAUGGCAUUCCAUAUGCGCCCAGAUGUUGCCUACAACCUCCUACACACGAUCUUCUUUGGCCUGCUGGCUUUCUCAACCAUGAGGAUGAAGUACCUGUGGACCGGUCAUAUGUGCGCCUUUACUGCCUUCGGCGUGUGCGGUAAGGAGAUGUGGACGUUGUGCCUGCGAGUGAUCCAUUGCAACACUGAAGGAAAGUUAAAGUUGAUCAGGUACUCGGUUCCGCUCGUGCUGCUGGCGUUCCUUUAUUACAAGUUUUGGCCCAAACUGACAGAAGAACUUUCAGAGCUGCGAGAAUUUUAUGACCCGGACACUGUGGAGCUGAUGACAUGGAUUAGCUCCAAGACCCCCAAGCGUGCAGUGUUUGCGGGGAGUAUGCAACUUCUGGCUGGAAUAAAACUGUGUACAGGCCGAGUGCUGACCAACCACCCACACUACGAGGACCAGGCACUGCGGGAAAGGACCAGACAGGUGUACCAGAUCUACGCACGACAGUCUGCAGAAGAGGUGCACAGGAUCCUGCGGGCUGUAGGAACCGAUUACGUGGUGUUGGAGGACAGCAUUUGCUAUGAGCGUCGUCACAGCCGUGGCUGCAGGCUGAGGGACCUGCUCGACUUGGCCAAUGGACAUAUCAUGGACGGACCUGGAGAGAACGACCCUGACCUGGUUCUAGCCUCUCACCCACGGUUUUGCCAAGCAGUAAAGACAGGCGAUCUACCGUACUCUACCCUCUUCACCCGUGUCUUUAACAAUAAAACUUUUACCGUCUACAAGCUACAGAAAUCAAAGAAGAAAGGCAAGAAGGAUGGGGGUGUGUAGGACAGCGCAUCCUCCAAAUCAGCCACCUGCCUCGCUGCUGCCUGUGAGGAAUGCUUAGUGAGUGAGUGAUCACAGUAGGGGUGUGUGUGUGUGUGUGUGUGUGUGUGUGUCUGUCUGUGUAUGUGUGUGUAUG